AUGGAUUCUAGCAUCAUACAGGACUCUCAAGUUCAGCAGCACUUUUUAAAUGCCUCGAGAGAACAGCUGAUUGCCUAUAUUGAUCAACUGCAGUCUGCCUUGCGUCGCUACUCAAGCAAUCCAGUCAUCAUUCCUCCAAGAAUUGUAAGCUCGACUCCGGAUGGUACUUCUACUUUCUUGAUUAUGCCAGUAGUUGAUGACGUCUACUGCGGAGUAAAGUCUUUGGGAUUUAGUUCCACCAGUGGUCAAGGUUUUGUAGGCGCUGUAGUCGUUACAGACUCAAAAUCCGGAAGCUUGGUCGGAGUUGUACAGGCUAAGCAAUUGACUGCUGUCCGGACCGCCAUGAGCAGUUGCAUCGGCCUUCGUGAUUUAAGCUUAUUUGGACCCUCUGUUAAGAUCACAGUAUUUGGUACUGGGUUACAGGCCUUCUGGCAUCUCUACAUUUGUUGCAAAUUAUUACAAGGGAAAUCCAUAACUGCCACGAUUGUAUAUAGAUCUUCUCCAAUGGAUACGACUUCGCUACAAGCGCAUCUACCCGACCUGACAAUUGGACAGGUUUCCCUUAGUGACAAAAACGCUGUCCCACAAUUAGUCGGCCAAAGCGACAUUAUAUUUGGCUGCGUUCCUUCCACCGACCCCACUAUCUUACAGGAACAUUUCCAAAACUUCUCUGGUCCCGGCUACACCUACAUUUCACUAAUUGGCAGUUACAAAAGCCACAUGCAUGAGUGUGACACGCCACUAGUUGAGCUUUUCAAGACUCAGGAUACUAAAAUUCUGGUUGAUUCCAUCGAGCAUACGCUUUUGGAAUCUGGUGAAUUGAUUGAUGCGGAGGUGAAACCAACUCACUUGUUAGAAUUAGGUCAGUUGACACCCAAUACACCUGUUCCAAAAACCCAGUGUGGAAAUAAUAGAAAAAUUACUUUAUGCAAGAUCGUUGGGCUCGCAAUCAUGGAUAUAUCCAUGGCACAGGCAUUGCUAACUGAUCUGGGAAAAUAA